AUGGCCGCCAUGACACUAGAUCCAAGUUUGAGCCUUCAAAUGACUGCCAAAGAAUCCCAACGUAGAGUUGUGAUUGAAGAUAUUGAUGGGCUAAUUAAGAUUUACAGAGAUGGUCAAGUGGAACGACCGGAUAUCGUGCCAAGUGUCACAUGCUCGUUGCCUCCUGAGCUUAGGGUGACGUCUAGAGAUUUGAUCAUUGACAAGUACACAAAUAUUUGGGCACGUUUAUACAUUCCAAAUUGUCACGAGAAGCUUCCUUUGAUGGUAUACUUUCAUGGCGGUGGAUUUUGUGUUGGUUCCGCCUCUUGGAGUUGCUACCACGAGUUCCUAGCAAAAUUAAGUGCGAAAGCCAAUUGUGUGAUCUUGUCAGUUAACUACCGUUUGGCCCCAGAAAACCCUCUUCCGGCAGCCUAUGACGAUGGAGUCAAGGCUCUUGUUUGGCUAAGGCAGCAAGCCUUGAGUCGGGAUAACGAAUUCUUGACGAGUAAAUGUAACUUUUCGAGCAUUUUCCUAGUUGGAGACAGCGCUGGUGCCAAUAUAGCCUAUAAUGUGGCCAUAAGACUAUCUGGAUUGGCCACUUUGAGGCCAUUAGACCUCAAGGGACUAAUCCUAAUACAACCCUUUUUUGGUGGAGAGUCGAGGACUCAGUCAGAGAAGUAUAUGGUGCAACCACCACGCUCCGCCCUCACACUGGCGGCUUCAGACACUUACUGGCAGUUGUCGUUGCCAGCCGGUGCCAAUCGCGAUCAUCCGUGGUGCAAUCCUGUGGCGAAAGGGGCUGCAAAAUUGGAGGACUUGCCUCAUGUGCCUACUCUGGUAUGCAUAUCAGAAAUGGACAUACUGAAAGAUAGGAACUUGGAAUUUUGUGCGGCCAUGGCUAGUGCAGGUAAGAAAGUGGAGCAUGUGGUGUAUAAAGGUGUUGGGCAUGCAUUUCAGAUUCUCAACAAGUCUUCAGUCUCACAAACUCGAAUAAAUGAACUGAUUUGUCUAAUCAAGUCCUUCAUCAGUAGAUGA